AAGUCCGUGCUCGUCCAAGUAUCCCCGUGUCAACGUGAAGAUAUCUUGCACAUGAACUCUUCCGCCAACUGUAACUGUCCCGAUCCUGGAUAUCGACAAUGCUCUCUCGACAAGUCCGGUUGCAGUCCUGGCUUGGUAAGGGGGUAUAUAUUAAAUCUCUUGUUACGACACCGACAACUCCAUCCAAUCAAAAAGGUCAGGGAGAAGUUUAUCGAUUGGCCUGAUGGCCCUUUGCUGCUGGAUACUAUCCUGGAGUCUGUUUCUUUGUACUGUUCUACUGGAACGUCUCCUGAGUCGUUCGGUGGGAUAUCUUCUGGACAUAGUCCACUGAUGUCUUCGAACCCCGAGCUCCUCAGCCUCAAAGGCAAGGACAUCGUGGUAACAGGAGUGAGCAACCCCCGCAGCAUGUAUCCGCUUCGAAGCCGCCCGCGGAUGCGCCGAAAUGGUCGUCUCGACCAUCUAUUCGUUGCCUCUGUCUAAAACAGGAUCGUGCACCGACCAUCACAAUCAUCGUAAGUUUCCACAGCCCUACGUGUGCUUGUGUCUCCUCGGAGUGUUCAUUUCAACACUCAUGCUUAGACGCUUAGCCACACUUAGGCUUCGAAGUAAAACGGGGUGUAGGGUAGGACACACCAUAGAUGAGGCCGUGUACGAUAGCGCCAAUGGAAUUAACGAUUGCGGUGGGUGUGCCAAUUAUUCGCCGCAUCGAUGGAUCGGGCUUCUACGGUGAGGUUCCUGGUUGAAAAUGGUGCGGCUUCUUUAUCAGGAAAAUUCACUUCUCUGCACCUUGCAGCGUUACGGAGAUUUGCUUCGUUGAGUCAAAAUCCCUUUCUCGCGUACUGUCUUGCAUUGAGCGAAACAGAGAACGGCUUCUAGCCAUUGGCCCAAGUCCACUAGUGCAUUUCGC